AUGGGUUCUUUACAGCUGAAUUGCAAACGAUUCAAUUCUACUGUUUCUCCGAAACCCACCUCUCAAGGUGUACUCCUAAAGACAUUAAUAUUCACCACUGGGUCUGUGUUUGGUGCAUUCCUCUACCAGAAGGAAGAACAGCGGCAGACUCUCAAUACCAAUUCCACCUUGAAGCUUUCGGAACUUCAGCCACCGAAAUACGCUAAUCAGACUGAAUUAAAUCAGGCCAUAUCGGAAGUCAGACAAGUGUUCAAGACAAGCACCCCUGAUUUGGAGGACGAAUCUCUCGUGGUGAAUAACUCAGAGGAGGAAAGGUCAUCCCAUGCCGAUACCUAUUUCAGCUCGUACCACCCUGAGAAACAUGAAAAACCUCAGUACAUUGUGUACCCUAGACUGACGCAAGAGGUGUCUGAGGUCAUGAAAAUAUUCCACAAAUAUCGUGUGCCUGUUGUUCCAAUUAGUGGGAAAUCAUCUUUGGAAGGUCACUUUGUGAACACGCGAUGUGGAGUUUGCCUUGAUAUUUCUCUUAUGGAUAAUGUGAUUGAAUUGAAUAAAAAUGAUUUGGAUAUGAGGGUUCAAGGUGGAGUUGGAUGGGAAACACUACACGACUACUUAGAUGACUAUAACCUACUUUUCCCUAUUGAUCCCGGCCCAGGUGCCACGAUCUCUGGGAUUUGCUCUAAUAAUGCUUCGGGCACUAAUGCUUCACGGUAUGGGGAAUGUUACAAGAAUAUUCUAAGUCUCACUGUUGUAUUGGCGGAUGGGACUAUCAUUAAGACGAAGCAUCGACCUAGGAAAACUAGUGCCGGCUACAACUUAAACAGUCUAUUCAUUGGCAGUGAAGGUACUUUAGGAAUCAUAACUGAGGCUACUUUGAAGUUAUAUGUAAAGCCCAAAAUUGAGAGAGUGGCAGUUGUUCCUUUCAAUUCCAUACAAGAUGCAGCCAAUGCAGUUAACAGUUUCUUGUUGCAUGGUAUGCAAUUGAAUGCUAUAGAAUUGUUGGAUGAUAAAAUGAUGGAGUGCAUCAACAAAACUGGAGAAACUACCAGAAAAUGGACAGAAAAACCAACCCUUUUCUUGAAAAUUGGCGGCCCCAAUUCAGAUGUGGUACUGUCACUUGUUGAUCAGGUCAAACAAUUAAGCAGUGAACAAAAUAGUACUGACUUCCAGUUUGCAACCAGCGACGAUGAGACCACCGAAUUGUGGUCUGCACGAAAAGUGGCCUUAUGGUCCACCAUCAACCAAGGAAAGUUGGUAGAUCCCUCAAUUCAGCUUUGGACAACAGAUGCGGCUGUCCCCGUGUCACGGCUUCCCCAGUUUUUGGAAGAAACCAAGAAUGAUAUCGAUUCUCAUGGGUUGCAAAACACCUUAGUUGCGCAUAUCGGUGAUGGAAAUGCUCAUAGUUUCAUUCUUUAUAAGCCAGAACAAAGGAGUGUUGCUGAGGAGGUUGUUGACAACAUGGUCAGACGGGCUAUUCUGUACGAAGGUACAUGUACUGGAGAACACGGGAUUGGGUUGGGAAAAAGACAGUUUCUAUUGGAAGAGGUGGGAGAGGAUGCUGUGGACCUCAUGAGAAACAUUAAGGUUCAUGUAGAUCCUCUCAGAAUAAUGAACCCUGAUAAAAUCUUUAAAAUCGACCCCCUGGAAAUAAGAUCUCACUAG